UUAGUUCAAGCUUGAGUGUUAUCAAACAAAAUAUAUUUUCAGUUUAAUAACUUAAAACCGCAAAAUGUCUGCAGAUAAGGCUGAUAACGAGGAUGUUGCAGGAGAAACUCUUGAAGAAGCAGGAGCACUAGAAGCAGAUGUCGGAGCUAAUUUUGAUCAGCAGCUAUCGGGCAUCGACCCAAGGUUAAAAAUAGACAUGGAUCCCUUCGCCCACCGCGACCUUCGGCCAGAAAUGAUGUUCAUUCGCGAAGAGUUGCGCCAAGCGAAGUGGCAAACAUUGGCGGUGCGUCGCACGGCCCUGAAGAAACUUCUGCUAAAGGAUUUCAUGCAGGAAGAUUGUGAACUGAGAAACAUAGGCCUUGCCUACUCUCCGCCGGAUCCCUGAACAAAGUUGUAACUUGAAGUACGGAAUAAACUUUAUGAAUUGUU